AUGGUUGAAUUUUUGAAGUUAGAAUAUUAUAAAAGGUGGAGCGAAAAGGUGUUGGUUCGCCUAAACGAAUCAAAAUGGACAAAACUAUUUAUGCUUACUUCUAUCUUGCAAGCCAUUGCAAUCAUUAUUCUGGAACUUAGAGUAUAUACACGUAAUAAUUCUACUGGACAAAGUUUGAGUACUAUAGGGUCCAUAUCUGAUGAAAUGACUGCAAAUGCUUCAUGUAUAUACCAACCUUCGUAUGUGAGAUUAAAUAAUAUUAAAGAUGAAAAUCUUAUUUUCAUCUUCUUCCAAAUCUUUCAAGUGUGGUUUUGCUUUAGUGCGAUGUAUAACCAAAAUUCAAUGCAAGUAAUAGCAAUUGUUGUUAUCAAUUUCCUUUUUGCACUUAAUGGGAUCAUUCAAUGGGUAGAAGUCAAGAAAUGGUUUACGGAUUUCGAUCUAGACUGUCCGGGAAGGUUACCUUUACAUACACAAUUUGUGAAAUAUGAUUUACCUUUGAUAAUUGCGUUAUUUUUAUUUUCAAUUGCCAUGGGAUUUUUAUGCUGGAAGUUAUACCGACAAUAUGGUUGGAAUAUUUAUAAAAAAAUUGGAGCCGAUGUAGAAAUGCAAACUACUUAUAGAACAUAUUUAAUUUAUCUCUUGUUACUAAAACUUGAUGCAAUGUUUAUUCUUGGUCUUUCCAUUGAAGCAUUAAAUGUAUAUGUAUAUACAAUUGGUAAACUAAGUGAUCUAAAACAUCUAAGAUAUAUGCCUAUAGAGUUUUAUAUAUUUCAUCUCUUUGUCACUAUUUGUGUCGGUAUAAAUCAAAUAUUAGCAUAUUAUUCG